CGUCGUGGCCUAAAGGAUAAGACGUCCGGUGCAUUCGUGUUGAGCGAUGCACCGGUGUUCGAAUCUCAGGCGGGUACCAAUUUUUCUAAUGAAAUACGUACUCAACAAAUGUUCACGAUUGACUUCCACGGUGAAGGAAUAAAAUCGUGUAAUAAAAAUCAAACCCGCAAAAUUAUAAUUUGCAUAAUAACUGGUGGUAGGACCUCUUGUGAGUCCGCGCGGGUAGGUACCACCGCCCCGCCUAUUUCUGCCGUGAAGCAGUAAUGCGUUUCGGCUCCAAGGGUGGGGCAGCCGUUGUAACUAUACUGAGACCUUAGAACUUAUAUCUUAAGGUGGGUGGCGUAUUUACGUUGUAGAUGUCUAUGGGUUCCAGUAACCAAUUAACAUCAGGUGGGCUGUGAGCUCGUCCACCCAUAUUUGCAAUAAAAAAAAAGUUUUAGGGCUGUAACAAAAUUUCUUUAAGAAAAAAUAAGGUAUUUAACAAUAACAUUCAAUAUUUCUGAUACAUCUGUAACAUAAGAUAGAGUUAAAAUAGGAUUACUGUUUACGACCAUCAUUCAUCGCAAAUUACGUUACGUCAGUGAAUGUAAUAAACUAAUUACGAUAUAUUUUAUUAUUUUUAUCAACACAACUAGUAUAAAUAAUGAAGUUUGCAAUCAUAUUUCAAAAUUACUUGAAAACAGGUAAGUGAACUGUUUUGUUUUAAAACUAUAUCCUAUAAAUGAGGCAUAGACAUUUUUAGUACACUAGGACCAACUUCAAAUCGUAAUGUUCGUUGUGGGAAGUUGAAGUCCUCGGUAUUCGACCAUAAACCUCAAUUUUCGGCACAUCCUUGUAAGGUAACACGAAGAGGAAAUAUUUCUAACAAUUCUGCAACUAAAUUGAAACUUUUUUUAGAUCAAGAAUGAAAUUCAUUACUGUAUUCGCCGCUAUCCUGUCGGUGGCCUUCGGCUACCAGACUACCUGGACCGUGCAUGAGCUCUCCAAUGCCAUCCAGAGCCCGUACACUUCUGCUGCGGUCCUGCCCUACCUUGAGACGGCUCUCAACCAAAUGAUGGCUGCUCUUCACGCAGGAGAAAAGAUUGAAGCUGUACCCGUUACCAUUCCCGCUUUGGACCUCACCGCAAUGACCAUUCCCGACCUGUCUAAUGCUCUGCAGGACCCUAAAACUGAACCCGCUAUGAUUCCUUACCUUGGCCAGGCGCUCAACGAGGUCGUCACCGCCGUCCUGACUGGACAAAGCCAGGUUGCCACUCCAGUGAUUAUCCCUGCUAUGGAAGUCUCCCUCUGGACCCUGACCGAGAUCUCUGCUGCUCUUGAGAGCCCUGUAACUAACCCUGUUCUGGUUCCUUACCUGGAGAAUGCCCUCAACGUGAUCAUGGACGCCAUGUUCGCAGGACACGAAGUGACUUCAAUUUGUGUUUCCAUCCCUGCUGGUGUACCACUAGAGCUCCCCGUAGAUAUCCCAGUCGAACCCGUGGACGUACCCGCCCUCCCCACUGAAGAGGCUCCUGCCGCCCCCAGUGCUCCUUCUAGCGCUCUUGUCCAAAUCAUCAUCAACGUUAACACCGAAGCCGCCAUUGCUCCUUCCCCCGUUGAAGUUCCCGUCAAGCCCGAACCAGUCAUUGUUGUUGAAAAGCCCAUUAUCGCUCCCGAACCGGUCAUUGUUGUUGAAGGCCCACCCGCGGUGACUCCUGUGAUCGUCGCUAAUCCCGAAAUCGAAGUUAACCCCAUCGACAUCAUCGCCAUCAACCCUCUCGAUUAAGAAGUUCGGAUCUGUUUUCGAAAUGUACGCACUAUAAAAAUCGAAUAAAACUGAUUUAUGAUAUAAA